CACCACGUCAGGCACUGUUGGCACUACUGGUUCUAACUAUCAGCUGCCAGCAGGUGUGCGCAAUUGACUUCUAUAGGGACCUGGCCAGUCACGAAUGCAGGCAUUUACAGGGGCUUUAGGUCUGUAAUCUCGGAUGCGACCCCCCACAGAUCAACAGCCUAGGUUCAACGGGCAUCCGCGUAAUCCGAUUGAUCCUAAGAAGCAACUCCUUGCGGAAACAUUCCAAAACAUACCCUCGUUGUCAGAGGCUUUGGAUUGUUGUCUUUCCUUUUUAUGUCGCCAGAGCGAGCUGCCCCAGUCCUUCAUUUUCUCGACUUUCUUUAUCGAAUCUAUUGUUUCUGUACGCGAUCAAUCAUAACCGCGACGAUCGAACUAACCCCUGUACCCCUUAGCGCUUUAAGGUGUUCGGUAUAAAACACAAUCGAUAAGCUCGCUGACUGACAUCAGCUUCAAUGAACACGGAGAUUGAUCGAAAAAUGGACGAAGGCAUUGGAAUGUUGCUCCUCUUGGAGGAUAAGAAGAAGUUGACCAUUGGAAUCGAAGAACUGGAGCUCAACGACCCUGCUGCAAACAAGUCAACUCGCUCCUCCUGUGCUCCUUUCUCUGGCAAACCCGCUCCCAAGAAUAGAAUACCCUUCUACAACGUCCUCUGGGCCGAGCUCUCCAACGACCAGAUCACAAUCGACUACGCCCAUCACGCUUCGAAGACAUUGAUCAAACCUAAGAAAUGGAUUUUCACGCUUGCGAAGGACGACGAGUCGACCAGCGGUACACCAGCCGAGAUCUUCGUCAAGACCCUCAUGACACGCGCCUACGGUAAUGCGCAGUCUCAGAAACGCGCCUACGUGCUGAUCAACCCGAACUCUGGUCCUGGCGGUGCUAUCAAGCAGUGGGAGACUGAGGUGAAGCCGCUCUUCCAGGCUGCAAAGAUGCAGAUUGACCCCGUGAUAUUGAAGCACGGUGGAGAAGCCGUUGAACUGGCGCAAAACGCCGACUUGUCCAGAUACGAUACCAUCAUGGCAUGUUCCGGUGAUGGAACGCCACACGAGAUUUUCAACGGCCUUGCUAAGCGACCCGAUGCUGCGAGAGCGCUUUCUACGAUGCCCGUCAGCCAUAUCCCUUGUGGCUCAGGAAACGCAUUCUCUUGCAACUUGUACGGAUCUCAUCGACCUUCUUUCGCUGCCCUUGCCAUCAUCAAGGGUGUCGUGACCCCGAUGGAUUUGGUGUCAGUCACUAGUGGCCACAACCGCAUCAUUUCGUUCCUGUCCCAGACGCUCGGCCUCAUUGCCGAAUGCGAUCUCGGCACAGAGCAUAUGCGAUGGAUGGGUAGUGCGCGUUUCGAAGUCGGUGUCGUUCAGCGCAUGUUUAAGAAGAAGUGUUAUCCCUUUGACCUGGCUGUCAAGGUGGAGAUCGAAGACAAAGGCGAUGUCAAGGCUCAUUACAAGCAUCACGCGAGCUCCACGAGCCUGAACCAUCUAGCUAAGAAGCUUGAUGCAGACCCCGUAGCUGAAGAUGCAGGUUUGCCGCCGUUGAAGUAUGGCACGAUCCAGGAUGAUCUCCCUGAAGGAUGGGAGUUGAUUCCCUAUGACAAGGUUGGCACAUUCUACGCCGGUAACAUGGCUUAUAUGUCACCCGAUGCUCCGUUUUUCGCUGCCUCACUCAUCUCAGAUGGUUUGAUGGACCUCGUCACUAUCGAUGGUGACCUGCCUUUCUUCACAGCCAUUAAGGUCCUUCUCGAUGUUGAAGCCGAGAAACUGUUUGACAACCCUCAUGUCACCUACAAGAAGAUCUCAGCUUACCGCAUCAUUCCUCGCGAUCAAGAGGAUGGCUAUAUCAGCAUCGAUGGUGAGAAGUGCCCAUUUGGACCUUUCCAGGCCGAGAUCCACCAGGGCCUUGGGCGAGUCAUCUCCAAGUCUGGCAAGUAUGAGGCUGCGGGACCCAAGAAUUGGGACAAGGUGACACUAGCAGACCGCAUUCAUGGAUGAAAAGAGGACAUGAAAUCGGAUGUACGAUGUGUUGAAAUGGUGGUUGUUAGGGAAGCAGAUGGAAAGAAAGGCUUCUUGGCCAUAAUGAUACCCACGUAAAAGGAUGUGCACAUAGCAAGGCUUCUAGAAGUAGCAAUUUUAAUUCAGUGAUUUGGUUUUGA